AUGGCGACCCCUGAACUUCAAAAGGCCGCUGUUGUCCAGCAAGGUGAUGAGCCAAGGUUUGAAAUCAAGUUUCUUCCUUUACCAAAGCUAGGCCCAACAGAACUCUUGGUAAAACUAUCAGUGACCGGUAUCUGCGGAACCGAUAUCGCUCUCGCAUCAGGAAAACUCGGUCCAUGUUGCCAGAUCCUCGGACACGAGGGAAUCGGUCGAGUCGUGAAGACAGGUAUCAGCGUCGACGAAAAGUCUGUCCAAAUCGGUGACCGGGUCGGUGUAUCAUGGGUCCGAGAUAGUUGUGGAGACUGCGCGAUGUGUCUACACGGAGAAGAAAUGCGAUGUGUGAAGCAAGUUCAUUCUGGAAGAGCUGUUGAUGGUACGCUCGCGCAGUAUACUGUUGUUCCAUUCCGGAGUAUGAUGCGCUUGCCCGAGGGCCUUUCUGAUGAGCAGCUCGCCCCCAUUAUGUGUGCCGGUGUAACUGCGUACAGGGCACUUAAAAUUUGUGGCGCUGUUCCAGGUCAAUGGGUUGUCAUCUCUGGUGCUGGCGGUGGAGUUGGUGCAAUGUGUAUUCAAUAUGCUCGUGCGAUGGGCUACCGGGUGCUUGCUAUUGACGCUGGUAAUAAGAAGGGGGACCAUUGUCUACGUCAGCAUGCAGAGGCGUAUCUGGAUGUUUUCAAGCACGCAAAAAUUGCCCAGGCCGUAAAGGACACUACUGAUGGUCAAGGUGCUGCAGCUGUUAUUGUUGCAGCUGGGUCAAGCAAAGCCUAUCAGGAUGCCUUCGACAUGCUUGCUCCGCUCGGUACCCUCGUGUGCGUUGGCAUCCCGACUCCACCAGACAAAAUCCAAUUCCACCCCUUGCAGUUCAUCGAUAAUGGAAUUAGAGUAAUCGGCUCCAUGGUCGGAUCCAAACAGGAUAUUGGACAGGCUUUGCAGUUCGUGCAGCGAGGCGUGGUGGUACCAGAUGUCGAAGUUAUUGGUUUGGAAGAAGUUCCGAGCUUGAUGCCUCGUAUAGCCACGGGCGAAAUGACGGCCAAAUAUGUUGUUAAGCUCGAAUGA